AUGAAAAUCCCUUGUUGUUCGGUGUGCCAAACGCGGUACAACGAAGAAGAACGAGUUCCGCUUCUUCUUCAAUGUGGCCAUGGCUUCUGCAAAGAGUGUCUUUCUAGAAUGUUCUCAGCUUCUUCCGACGCGACUCUCACUUGUCCUCGGUGUCGCCACGUGUCCACCGUCGGUAACUCCGUUCAAGCUUUACGCAAAAACUACGCGGUGCUUUCGUUAAUCCACUCCGCCGCGGAAGCUGCUGCCGCCGCUGCCGGAGGUGGUGGUAGAGGUUCGAAUUUUGAAUGUGAUUAUACUGAUGAUGAGGAAGACGGUGACGGUGAUGUUGACGACGGUGACGACGAGAAGCGGCGUCGGAACAGCCGUGGCUCGCAGACGUCGAGUUCUGGAGGUUGUGCUCCGGUGAUUGAGGUCGGUGUGCAUCAGGAUUUGAAGCUUGUGAGGCGGAUUGGGGAAGGGAGGAGAGCUGGUGUGGAGAUGUGGACGGCGGUGAUCGGAGGUGGACGGUGUCGGCAUCAUGUGGCGGUGAAGAAGGCGGUUAUGAUGGAGGGGGUGGAUUUGGAUUGGAUGUUAGGGAAGUUGGAGGAUUUGCGUAGGGCUUCGAUGUGGUGUAGGAAUGUGUGUACUUUUCAUGGAGCGAUGAAGGUUGAAGAGAGUUUGUGUCUUGUGGUGGAUAAAUGUUAUGGAUCGGUUCAAUCUGAGAUGCAGCGGAAUGAAGGAAGACUCACUUUGGAGCAAGUUUUAAGAUACGGGGCAGACAUUGCACGAGGGGUUGUUGAGCUUCACGCUGCAGGCGUUGUUUGCAUGAACUUAAAGCCUUCCAAUCUGCUUCUUGAUGCAAAUGGUCAUGCUGUGGUUUCUGAUUACGGACUUGCUACAAUUCUGAAGAAGCCUUCCUGUUGGAAGGCUCGACCUGAGUGUGACUCCACAAAGAUCCAUUCCUGUAUGGAAUGUAUAAUGCUUAGCCCACAUUAUACAGCACCUGAGGCUUGGGAGCCUGUGAAGAAGUCAUUACAUUUGUUUUGGGAUGAUGGAAUAGGUAUAUCUCCCGAAUCAGAUGCCUGGAGUUUUGGUUGUACAUUGGUGGAGAUGUGCACCGGUGCCAUUCCUUGGGCUGGCUUGAGUGCAGAGGAAAUCUACCGGGCAGUUGUAAAGGCAAAGAAACAACCUCCACAAUAUGCUAGUGUGGUUGGUGGUGGAAUUCCAAGGGAGUUGUGGAAGAUGAUUGGAGAGUGUUUACAAUUCAAACCAUCUAAAAGACCUACUUUUAAUGCAAUGCUGGCAAUAUUUCUCCGACAUUUGCAAGAAAUACCUCGUAGCCCUCCUGCAAGCCCUGAUAAUGACCUUCUUAAGGGCUCUGUAUCAAAUGUGGCAGAGCCUUCCCCAAUACCUGAAUUAGAAGUUCCUCAGGACCCAAACCGUCUUCAUCAACUUGUGUCUGAAGGGGAUGUCACCGGUGUUAGAGACUUCUUGGCAAAGGCUGCAUCAGAAAAUGAAAGUAACUACAUAUCUUCACUGCUGGAAGCUCAAAAUGCUGAUGGACAAACGGCUCUCCAUUUGGCCUGUAGACGUGGCAGUGCAGAGCUUGUUGAGACAAUUCUGGAGUAUCAAGAGGCUAAUGUUGAUGUCUUGGACAAAGAUGGGGAUCCUCCUCUUGUUUUUGCCUUAGCAGCUGGAUCCCAUGAAUGUGUUCGUAGCCUUAUCAAAAGAAAUGCUUGUGUGAGGUCACGGUUGAGAGAUGGGCUUGGCCCAUCAGUAGCUCAUGUCUGUGCCUAUCAUGGUCAGCCAGAUUGUAUGCGAGAGUUACUUUUAGCUGGAGCUGAUCCCAAUGCAGUAGAUGAUGAAGGUGAAUCUGUACUGCACAGGGCAAUUGCCAAGAAGUUCACAGACUGUGCUAUCGUGAUAGUGGAAAAUGGAGGCUGUAGAUCGAUGGCCAUCUUGAAUUCAAAAAAUCUGACGCCGCUGCACUUGUGUGUAGCAACAUGGAAUGUUUCUGUUGUGAAGAGAUGGGUGGAAGUUGCAACUUCUGAUGAGAUUGCUGAAGCAAUUGACAUGUCAAGCCCUCUUGGCACUGCCUUGUGCAUGGCAGCUGCUUCUAAGAAAGACCAUGAAAGUGAGGGGAGAGACUUGGUGCGGAUAUUGCUUACAGCAGGAGCUGAUCCAUCUGCUCAAGAUUCACAGAAUGGGAGGACAGCUUUGCAUACAGCUGCUAUGACAAAUGAUGUGGACUUGGUUCAGGUUAUUCUUGCUGCUGGUGUUGAUGUGAACAUUCGCAAUGUGCACAACAGUAUACCUCUUCACUUGGCCUUAGCUAGGGGUGCAAAGGCAUGUGUCGGACUGCUUCUAGCUGCUGGGGCAGAUUAUAACUUGCAGGAUGAUGAUGGUGAUAAUGCUUUCCAUAUAGCAGCAGAAACAGCAAAAAUGAUACGGGAAAAUCUGGACUGGCUUAUUGUUAUGUUAAAGAAUCCCGAUGCCGAUAUUGAAGUCAGAAACCACAGUGGCAAGACACUACGGGACAUUUUAGAGGCUCUACCCCGAGAAUGGAUAUCUGAAGAUCUGAUGGAAGCACUCACAAAUAGAGGAGUUCAUUUAUCUCCUACAAUAUUUGAAGUGGGAGAUUGGGUGAAGUUUAAAAGAACUGUCACAACUCCAACAUAUGGGUGGCAAGAUGCUAGACCAAAGAGUGUUGGCUUUGUGCAAAGUGUUCCAGACAGGGAUAAUCUCGUUGUUUCAUUUUGUUCGGGAGAUGUUCAUGUUCUGCCAAAUGAAGUUGUAAAAGUUGUUCCAUUGGACAGGGGACAACAUGUACAACUGAAAGAAGAUGUAAAAGAGCCUAGGUUUGGUUGGCGUGGGCAGUCACGUGACAGCAUUGGGACCGUAUUAUGUGUUGACGAGGAUGGAAUCCUCCGUGUUGGGUUUCCUGGAGCAUCCAGAGGAUGGAAAGCUGACCCAGCAGAGAUGGAACGUGUUGAGGAGUUCAAGGUUGGAGAUUGGGUUCGUAUUCGUCCAACUCUUACAUCUGCAAAGCAUGGAUUAGGAUCUGUGACACCAGGAAGCAUUGGUAUUGUAUAUUGUAUCCGACCUGACAGUAGUCUGUUAAUUGAACUGAGCUAUCUUCCAAAUCCAUGGCAUUGUGAACCAGAAGAGGUUGAGCAUGUUCCUCCUUUUACGAUUGGUGAUAGGGUCUGUGUGAAGCGUUCUGUCGCAGAACCUAGAUAUGCUUGGGGUGGUGAGACACAUCAUAGUGUUGGAAGAAUAAGUGAGAUUGAGAAUGAUGGUCUUUUAAUAAUAGACAUACCAAAUCGUCCCAUACCAUGGCAAGCUGAUGCAUCUGAUAUGGAGAAAGUGGAAGAUUUUAAGCAGGUUGGAGAUUGGGUUCGAGUGAAAGCUUCGGUAUCUUCUCCAAAAUAUGGAUGGGAGGAUAUUACAAGGAACAGUAUUGGGGUGGGACAAGAAAUUCAUGUGAUGCAAUCUGUUACUCAGCCACGGCUUGGGUGGUCUAAUGAAUCACCAGCUACUGUUGGAAAAAUAGUGAGAAUUGACAUGGAUGGUGCUCUCAAUGCGAGGGUCACUGGUAGGCAGAGCUUGUGGAAAGUAUCUCCUGGAGAUGCCGAGCGACUUCCAGGAUUUGAGGUUGGGGAUUGGGUACGCUCUAAACCAAGCCUGGGAACUAGACCUAGUUAUGACUGGAAUAGUGUUGGGAGAGAGAGUUUAGCUGUUGUGCAUAGUGUACAGGAUUCUGGUUAUUUGGAGUUGGCUUGCUGUUUCCGUAAAGGGAAGUGGAUCACUCAUUAUACAGAUGUUGAAAAGGUUCCUAGCUUUAAAGUUGGGCAGUAUGUUAGGUUCCGACUUGGUUUGGUUGAACCUAGGUGGGGUUGGAGAGGAGCUCAGCCUGAAUCUCAAGGUAUUAUAACCAGUAUUCAUGCGGAUGGAGAAGUCAGGGUUGCAUUCUUUGGUUUGCCAGGACUGUGGAAAGGUGAUCCUUCAGAUCUGCAGGCAGAGCAAAUCUUUGAAGUGGGAGAGUGGGUGAGAUUGAAAGAAAAUGCAAAUGAUUGGAAAUCAAUUGGGCCAGGUAGUGUUGGCGUUGUUCAAGGAAUAGGGUAUGAAGGAGAUGAAAUUGAUAGAAGCACUUUUGUUGGCUUUUGUGGGGAGCAGGAAAAAUGGGUAGGACCAAGUUCUCAUCUUGAAAGAGUUGACAAACUCUUUGUGGGACAGAAAAUUAAAGUGAAACAAUAUGUAAAACAACCUAGAUUUGGGUGGUCGGGGCACACCCAUGCUAGUAUUGGUACUAUACAAGCAAUUGAUGCUGAUGGAAAGCUUCGAAUAUACACUCCAGCAGGUUCAAAAACAUGGAUGUUGGACCCAUCAGAAGUUGAGGUGGUAGAAGAGAAGGAGCUUUGUAUUGGAGACUGGGUAAAGGUUAGAGCAUCAGUUUCAACUCCAACCCACCAUUGGGGAGAAGUGAGUCAUUCAAGUGUUGGAGUUGUGCAUCGGAUGGAAGACGAUAACCUAUGGGUGUCAUUCUGUUUUGUGGAGCGGUUAUGGCUUUGUAAGGCAAGUGAAAUGGAACGGGUUAGGCCGUACAAAGUGGGAGACAAAGUAAAGAUCAGAGAUGGACUGGUAUCGCCGCGGUGGGGAUGGGGAAUGGAAACCCACGCCAGCAGGGGACAAGUUGUAGGAGUAGAUGCAAAUGGUAAACUAAGAAUAAGGUUCCGAUGGAGGGAAGGGAGGCCUUGGAUAGGAGAUCCUGCUGAUAUUGCCCUUGAUGAAAACUGA